AUGUCAAUUCCAUCCCUCUUCUCCCUCGAAAAUCGCACCGCUCUGGUGACGGGCGGCACUCGCGGGAUCGGGGCCCAAAUGGCCAUUGCCCUGGCCGAAGCUGGCGCCGAUGUCAUUCUAGUUCAGAGAGACACAUCAAGCCAACAGACGAAACAAACAAUCGAAUCCCUAGGCCGCAAAGCAUUCAUCUACACAGCCGACCUGUCCUCUCGCGAGGACGUGUCUGGUCUCACCAAAAAGGUUCUUGCGGAUGGACACGAUGUCUCGAUUCUGAUUACUUGUGCCGGUAUUCAGAGGAGACAUCCCGCGGAGAAGUUUCCGGAUAGUGAUUGGGACGAGGUCCUACAAGUCAACCUCACAACAGUCUUCACUCUCUGCCGCGACAUCGGCGCUUACAUGCUUACCCGCCCGCCCUUCCCAGGCACAGAAUCCACCUCUCCCGGCGGCGGCUACAGAGGAAGCAUCAUCAAUGUCGCCUCUUUGGUCUCAUUCCAAGGCGGCAUCACCGUUCCCGCUUACGCAAGUGCCAAAGGCGGAAUUGCGCAACUCACAAAGGCCCUGUCGAAUGAAUGGGCAAGUAAAGGCGUAAAUGUAAAUGCGAUUGCGCCGGGGUAUAUAGCUACGGAUAUGAAUGAGGCGCUGAUAAACAAUCCGACAAGAGCGGAGCAGAUUUUGGUCAGGAUUCCGGCGGGGAGAUGGGGAAAUGCAGAGGAUUUCAAGGGGCCGACGGUGUUUUUGGCGGGGAGAGCGAGUUUGUAUGUUUCGGGGGAGAUAUUGACUGUGGAUGGGGGUUGGAUGGGCCGGUAA